AUGUCUUUCGAAGACAAUAAUGCAGGACAAGGUCCUUCCAUAUUCCCACACCGGUUCUUCACACGAAACAUGUCGAACGAUGAAUUCUUCGAACUAGGAUAUGAAAGCAUAGACCCGAGGCUUCUGAGCAUGAACCCAGAUGACAUGUUUCAGAGCUCCGCUGGGCUAUCGGAGGUUCCUACCGUGGGGUACAAGCUGAUCAGACAUCCCGACGGCUGCAUUUAUUGUCCACGGAGCGAUUGCCAGGUGACAUUUAUGGGACUCCCCGACGUGAUCAAACAUCUUGAGGAGUGGCAUGGGGCUUCUGAGAAUGUUAUGAAAGCCUUGUUAUGCCCAUUUGACGAGUGCAAGGCAGUCUUCAUGCUGAGAAAUUACUUCGAUAUACAUGUCCGGAAUGCCCACAACGAAGACCCAGCAAAGUAUGAGGCGCCUUUCCACCCUAAUAGGUGUGACAUUGAUGGCUGCACCAAGUGGUUUGGUACUCAAAACACCUUCCGAGGUCACUUGUUUCAAUGGCACAAUGAUGCUGAUACAGCAAGGGGCCGUUUUCAAUGUCCAUUUGUGGACUGCACAGUGACAACUUUGCGCAAACUAUACUUCGACGUACAUGUCAGGACUGUCCAUGGUGAGGAUCCUGCAAAGUAUGUCGUCAAGUGUCCAUCGGAGGAUUGUAGCCAGUUUUUUACGCAUCAGAAGUUCGUACAAAAACAUAUCAUCAAUGAGCAUGGAUCGGAAAAGGCUGAGAUGACCAAAAUGCAAUCUUCCAUUGCCAGUUGCGCACAGACUUCCGAGGAUCAAGGAGACCUGUUCAAGUGCAAUGUGGAGGGAUGCGGCAAAUCAUUCUCAAAGGAAUGGAUGUUGAAAAGACAUACCAAUGUUUCUCACGGCACGCCUGAUAGGUUGAUGUGUAGUCAGCCCAACUGCAGAUCAACCUUUACUUCCCCGGGACGUCUGGCCAGACAUGUCAGCGCCAUACAUAUAAACAUCCCGGAUAAGCGCUGGAAGUGUCCGAAGGUUGACUGCGAGGCCUCUUUUGGGAGCCUGGGAGGCUUAUGGCACCACAAGAGAACUCAUGGAGAUGCUAAAGGCCCUACAGGAUACACCCAAAGCAUAUCAACAUGGUCCAUAAACGCAAAGCAGUUGAUCCUGGUGAGGGCACCAGCGGACUCAGCAGACCCAGCAGAUACUUGA